GGCGCGGAGCGGUGCGGAGGGCAGGAUGUGCGACCGCAACGGUGGCCGGCGGCUCCGGCAGUGGCUGAUCGAGCAGAUCGACAGCGAGCUGUACCCUGGGCUCAUCUGGGAGAAUGAGGAGAAAACCAUGUUCCGCAUCCCAUGGAAACAUGCUGGGAAGCAGGACUACAACCAGGAGGUGGACGCCUCUAUUUUCAAGGCCUGGGCUGUCUUUAAAGGCAAGUUCAAGGAAGGCGACAAAGCGGAGCCGGCCACGUGGAAGACACGACUGCGCUGCGCCUUGAACAAGAGCCCUGACUUUGAGGAGGUGACAGACAGGUCCCAGCUGGACAUCUCUGAGCCCUACAAGGUCUACAGGAUCGUGCCAGAGGAGGAACAGAAGUGCAAAGCGGGCAUUGCCAACGGGAGCAGCCUGAAUGAUGUCACGGAGAUGGACUGCAGCUCCUCUGCAAUCGAUGACCUCAUUAAAGAGCCCUCCCAUGUAGACGAAUACCUGGGGAUCAUCAAGAGAAGCCCCUCACCCCCCCAGGAGACCUGCAGAAACCCCCUGAUACCUGACUGGUGGGUGCAGCAACCCAGCCCUGUGUUGCCCCUGAUGAAUGGAUACUCCGGCUAUGAGCAGCAUCAUUCAGGUUACUCCCAGAUGGUGAUCAGCUUCUACUACGGGGGGAGGCUGGUGGGCCACUUCACCACCUCGUGCACUGAGGGCUGCCGGAUCUCGGUCAGCCAGCCCUCCAGCCACGGCGAGAAGCUGUAUGCCCCAGAUGCCCUGGAGCACGUGCAGUUCCCCUCGGCCGAUGCCAUCCAGAAUGACCGCCAGAAGCAGAUCACCAGAAAGCUCUUUGGGCACCUGGAGAGGGGCGUCCUGCUGCACAGCAACAAGCAGGGCAUCUUCAUCAAGAGGUUAUGCCAAGGCAGGGUUUUCUGGAGCGGGAACACCAUGGUCUACAAGGACAGGGCCAACAAACUGGACCGCGAUGAGGUGGUGAAGAUAUUUGACACCAACUUGUUCUUCAGAGAGCUGCAGCAGUUUUACAACAGCCAGGGCCGCUUCCCGGAGAGCAGAGUCAUGCUGUGCUUUGGAGAGGAGUUCCCAGACGCUGUGCCCCUGCGGUGUAAGCUCAUCCUUGUCGAGGUGGAGCAGCUGUGUGUCAGGCAGGUGGUGGAGGAGGCUGGGAAGACCUGCAGCAGCAGCCCCAUGCUCCCUGUAGCUGAUGAGACGCAGCAUGACCAGGUGUACAGGAUCUUCCAGGACAUCUGUGCAACGCACCAGCGGCCGCUCUUCAGAGAAAACCAACAGAUUGCUGUCUGAGCCUCCCUCUCCGCAGACAUAGUGUGGUGGUUUGGGUUGAUUUAGACCCAGUUUGGUCCCAUUAGUGCCUAAAUUCCCAUUUUGGACAGUUGGGUUUUGUUCUUUGCUGUUUCCAGUCCAGAGUCUGUGUAAAUACAGCAGUAAAAAGUGCCAUGAGAAAGUAGGUCAGAUGCUCAGUGUCUGUCCCAUAGAACCUUUACUGAUUAAAAAUGACUUUUGUACCAGGCAGGGUAGUGCCGGUACUGUUGUCUUUAGCUAAUGGCAGGGGGAGGAGGGAGCAUUUGAGCUGUGCGGGAAGGUCAGGGCUGAGAGUGCUUUGUGUUGCCUUUGUUAGCAGCCAGUCAAGCAGAACUGAAAAUCAACAGCUAUAACAACCUGCCCAGCAGUCUGCAACUUGGACCUUGCUGAGAAUAGUGACUUGGUAGGAGGUUGCUCUUGGAAAAGCCUUAAAAUGCAUAAAUGUAGGAAAUUACUUGCAGAAAUCAGGUUCUCCCCCAAAAAGUCCGGCUGAUGCAGGAUAGGGUAUUCCUUCCAAGGAGAACCUUUUCAAAUUCCUCUUUAUUUUUGCUAUAAUGUUUAUAUGUUUAUCUACCAAAGGGUUUUGAAACUUGGAAACAGAUGUGGAGAUUAUAUAUGUAAAUGUUGAAUAUAUGAACUUAGGAAUCUUAAUUUUUCCUAAAUAGAGACAGAGUUUAUAUAAAUAUCUUUAAUUUUAAAGAUAGCAGCAUAGUGUGAAUAGGUUGGCUUCACCCUCCCAAAUGCAUGUGUUGGUCUUUCCCAAGCGUGACCAGGCAGUGGCAUCCAUGUGUAAAUCCUCAUUAACAUGCUUUGUGUGUGCACCCAGGAGCUGCUUGGCCGUGGGGCUUGUGCCUUGCAGCUGACACAAACCAGGACUGCACGUGUGUGCGUGCUACUAAGCUGCCUAUUUAUUUUAUGCCUGAAGUUUAUGGGUUUUUUUGUAAUUUUUUUUUAUUUUCCAGCAAAUAAAGUGCUAUAUUUUGUA